CUGCUGGUCAACAUCAGCCUCAGCGACCUGCUGGUGUCCCUCUUCGGGGUCACCUUUACCUUCGUGUCCUGCCUGAGGAACGGCUGGGUCUGGGACACCGUGGGCUGCGUGUGGGACGGGUUUAGCAGCAGCCUCUUCGUUGUCUCCCAGAAUGGCGGACAGUCUUCCCACAGAAUUCGAUGUGGUCAUAAUAGGGACAGGGCUGCCUGAAUCCAUCCUUGCAGCUGCGUGUUCAAGAAGUGGCCAGAGGGUUCUGCAUCUUGAUUCCAGAAGUUACUAUGGAGGAAACUGGGCAAGUUUCAGCUUUUCGGGAUUGCUCUCCUGGUUGAAGGAGUGUCAGCAAGACAGUGACGUUGUGGAAGAAAGCACUGGCUCAUGGCAAGACCUGAUCCAUGACACGGAGGAAGCUAUCACUCUUCGCACGAAGGACGGAAGCAUUCGACACACAGAAGUUUUUUGUUAUGCCGGUCAGGAUACAGAUGACAAUACGGAAGAGGUUGAUGCUGUGCAGAAAAACCCUUCCUCAGUAACAUCUAGUACCUCCACUGACCCUCUGGGUUCUGCAUGCUUGUCUGAAGAAACACACUCGUCUGCUACUAGCCAUGAGAUGCCUGCCAAAGACACUCCAAAAAGUGACGGAGAAGUUUCACUAGAAGUAACUGAUGCCGAGGACACCUUGGCAAAAGAAAAACAUUGUGGAGACGAAACUUGGACACACACAGUUUCAGAGGGAGUUAAAGAUGAAAACAAGCCUGUAGAGGAAGACAACACUGACCAACCAAAGAGAAAUAGAGUUACUUACUCUCAAAUAGUUAAAGAAGGCAGGAGGUUUAAUAUUGAUUUGGUAUCAAAACUGCUGUAUUCUCAAGGAUUGCUAAUUGAUCUCUUAAUCAAAUCAAAUGUUAGUCGUUACGCAGAAUUUAAAAACGUCACUAGGAUUCUUGCAUUUCGUGAAGGAAAAGUAGAACAGGUGCCUUGUUCCAGAGCAGAUGUCUUUAAUAGCAAGGAACUCACUAUGGUUGAAAAGAGGAUACUGAUGAAAUUUCUUACGUUUUGUUUAGACUACGAACAACAUCCUGAUCAAUACCAAGCUUUUGUGCAGUGCUCAUUUUCGGAGUACUUACAGACUAAAAAAUUAACCCCCAAUCUCCAACAUUUUGUGCUGCACUCAAUUGCGAUGACAGAGUCAUCUUGCAGUACAAUAGAUGGCCUUAAAGCAACUAAAAACUUCCUUCGGUGUCUUGGACGAUUUGGCAACACUCCCUUUUUAUUUCCCUUGUAUGGGCAAGGAGAAAUUCCCCAGUGUUUCUGCAGGAUGUGUGCAGUUUUUGGUGGAAUCUAUUGUCUUCGUCAUAAAGUUCAAUGCCUUGUAGUUGACAAAGAAUCUGGAAGAUGUAAAGCAAUUAUAGAUCACUUAGGUCAAAGAAUAAGUGCUAAAUAUUUUAUUGUGGAAGAUAGUUACCUUUCUGAGGAAACAUGCUCAAAUGUGCAGUAUAAGCAGAUCUCCAGGGCAGUGCUCAUUACAGAUCAGUCUAUACUAAAGGCAGAUUCAGAUCAGCAAAUUUCCAUCUUGGUGGUGCCUCCAGUGGAAUCGGGAACGUGUGCUGUUCGUGUCACUGAAUUAUGUUCUUCAACCAUGACGUGCAUGAAAGACACUUACCUGGUACACCUGACUUGUUCAUCUUCGAAAACAGCCAGAGAAGACUUGGAGUCAGUCGUGAAGAAAUUAUUCACCCCAUAUACUGAAACUGAAAUAGACAAGGAAGAACUUACAAAGCCCAGACUCUUGUGGGCUCUUUAUUUUAAUAUGAGAGAUUCCUCGGAAAUCAGCCGAAGCUCCUACAAUGGCUUGCCUUCCAAUGUCUAUGUCUGCUCCGGGCCUGACUGCGGACUGGGAAGUGAGCAUGCUGUCAAGCAAGCCGAAACGCUGUUCCAGGAGAUCUUUCCCAAUGAAGAGUUCUGCCCCCCACCUCCAAAUCCAGAAGACAUUAUCUUUGAUGGUGAUGAUAAGCAGCCAGAGGCUCCUGGAACCAAUAAUAUAAUCAUGGCCAAAGUAGACUCCUCUGAGGGAAGGAGAAACCUAGAAAGCCCGGGGAAGCACCUUCAAAACUAGAAAAAAGCAAACGGUAAAUGCUACCUGGGCCUUCAUCCUGGCAUCAGAGUAUUUUCAUUUAAAGGACCGUUUCCUGUAUGAUUCCUUAGAACUGGUUAUACAGUGAAUUCUAUGCAGAUGUUGUCUUUAAUUCUGUUUGAGACAUUCAGUCAUUGGAUGUCAUUGUUAACCUAUCAGUAACUGAUUGAUUAUUGGACAAGGUUAGUUUUAUUUUAGUAUUGGGUGUAUCAGUGAGGGUUCCAUAUUAGCAACUGUGUUUAAAGGGACGUAAUAUGUGUCUGCUAAUGAUCUUCAGAUUUUAUUAGUCCAUAGUAACAAUAAUAUCUAAGGAAUAUUUCAGUUACUUUUGCAGUUAUUUUAGUUGCUACCACCUCUGAAUAGUUAAACACACACAGUAAAAUUUGUGGGUCUUUUGUAUCUAAUAAAAAUGUACAGACCUGGUAGCAAUAGCAACUUAUGCAAGUGCCAACUGUUAAAAGAUUAACUUUGCAUGAUCCUGUAUUCGUGAAGGUCUAGUGUUUACAGCACAUUGUGCGGUUCAGUUCCCCUGCUCGACCCUUGUCACGGGCGAGGGGGCGACACCACCACCAUCUUCUGUGUUACAGAAAGUGGUGGUCCGUUCAUCUAGUCAUGGAAGUUUGUCCCAAAGGAAAUCUAGGGGUCAGAUUAGUUCUGGUUUAAUACUUCAGAAAAUUUCUGCAGAGCCCUGUGCUGACGCCUAAAGGAAAAGAACUUCCAACUAACUCGGGCCAAAAGAGAAAAAUACAUCGCUCCAGGAAAAGGUACUUCAGAUUGGCGGUUUUGAAAUUCCUAAGAAGAAAUGGAGUGAGGCAUUUCUAACCUGGGAUACCGAUGGUUUUUCAAAGCCAUCCGUAGGUUUCCCGAGGUUUCUUAGUGAGGGUGAGAUAUACCACCUUGUUGGCACUGCCGCUCUCCUUAGCAGCACUGACUGUGAUGGAUAGGAGUGGAUGGAAGGAGGGUUUCACCAUGUCUCCUCCCUGUGUCCCACCUCACAGUUAGUGAGGCGAACGCCUCCGUGAUCACUUUGGCCUCUCCACUUAUCCAGAGAACAGAAAACAUGUGUUCUAGAGCCAUCAGAAGUCAAAACUGCCGUACUCCAGGGGUGAAGACCUGUGGAGUUGUCAGAAGACGUAAACUGCAUCCCCCUUCAGUCUCUGGUUUCCAUUCCUUACGGCGGUAAAUCCUACCGGAAGAGAGCCCUCCAGACGCAGUCUUUGUUCUGGAAUGGAGCAUCUGCUAUGUGCUGGGCACUUGUGCUUCUAUGUACAGCUUCUCAACCACCCUGUGAGGCUGGUAGUAGUGAGUAUGUUUUAAAGAAGAGGCAAAGAGGUAAAGACAAUUAUUAUUAAUUUGCCCGGCGUCUGGUAUGUGGAAGAGCCAGUGUUGGAAUCCAGGCUGUCACGAUUUUGAAGUCUUUCUGCCGACAUUAACUGGAGAGGAGUGCAGACGCUGCAGGAGGAGGAAAGGAUGCUCGUGGAAGUGCUUGCAGCAUUGCGGCUGAAGCAGAGUAGACAGACUCUGGCCUCUCGCUCGUUCUCAGGUCAGGGAAACGUGAAGCUUGGGAUCAGCUAUAGAUAAAUACAGUUUAGAGCUAAGGAGCCCAUGCAAGCAGAAUUUGGCUAAAUUUUAACAAAGUACUGCUUUUUAAUGUGUCUUUUAAUCUGAACAACGUGUUAUAAAACUGUGCAGUUGCUGUGAGGCCAAAAUAAGCUGGGAAUAGUCUUUUGUCGCUCUUCUAUAUGUAAGGAAAAUGAAACAAGAAAGACUUAAGUAAUUUACAGCUUACUGAAAAUUAAAGUCAUGAAUUGGUAUUAAUACUUAUGCAUUUUUUUAAUAUGGCAAAGUGGUUUUAUUGGGUUUAAACCUAUCAAAGUAAUUUCACCAUCUAUAAAACAGAAAUAAUACUUUGCGGAAAUAUUGUGAAGAUCAAGUUAGAUAAUGUGUUUGAAAUCAUAUCCAAAGGAACGCCACCAGAGGACAUUAAUAUGUAGGUUUACUACGCUUCCACUUAACCUUCCAACGGAUGUUUAAUAUAAUUUGACAGAAUUGUGGCAAAUUGGGAAAAUAGGCAAGGAAAGAUAGAUUUAUCUAUCUUUGAUGAGAGUCUUGCCCUUUAAAUCCUAAAGUAGCCUUUGUAAAUAUACUAUGAUGCUUAGUAUGAAGUUUAAGACUUAAUAAACCAAUUGGAAAGAAACUGGUGGAAAGACUAACUGGGUGUCAGUGUGAAAAAAAGCAUUAGGCCCACUUUACACAUGAUAAGACAAUUCACUCCAUAGGAAUUAAAAUGUUGAUUGUAAAGGUAAAAAUAAAAAGACUACAAUUCUCAUCCCAGUAGUACAAAAGAAACUUUAUGGCAGUGAAAAAUAUCACUGGCAAGGUAAGUGAGAUCAACUAAAGAAAAAUGAAAAAUCGACAUUAAAUAGGAAGAAGACAAAAGAUAAGAGAUUGGAUUUUUAAAAAGCUACUUGCAUUACACAUGGAUAAAGUGCUUAAUAUUUUUUAAAAAGUAGAUGCAAAACUAAAGUUUCUACUCUUAGUAAGCAAAUUUAUGAAAGGAUAGAGUAUAAAGGAGAAGAUACAAGUAAAAGUCAAUUCUUGGAAUGCUUUUCAGGUUUCCUAAUAUUAAAAAAUGCAAAUUGAAAGAACUUUGAACUGGUGUAUGCUAUUAUAUUAGCAAAACAUUUCAAAAUUUAUGUGUCUUCAUAUCAAUAACAUUUUUAUAUUAGUAAUUUUUAAAAGAACUAUUUAGAUGAAUAUAACGAAAGCUCUGUAACCCAGCUAGAUCAAGUCACUCUGAACAGUAUACGCCUGGGAAAAUAUUUACAAGAAAAAUAAGUCACUUGUACAAAGAUACUUUAGCAAUUCCAUUCGUACACAUUUUUUUUAAAAAGCCCAGUAUUUGGGAAAUGGAUAAGUAAAUUUUGAUGUAUUGGUAUUGCUAUUGUAGACCGUUACAUAGUCGUUAAAUGAUAUUGAUAUAUGUAAAAUUGUAUGAAAAAUGUUAAAUGAGAUUCAGAAGUGUUAAAACAUUAUUUUAUGUACUGAUUAUAUUUGUGUAAAAAUUUAGGUGUCUACAUUGAAAAGAAUCAGAAGAAAACAUGUAAUUAAUUAGAGUUUAACAUUAGGGGUUCUUUUUUUCUGUAAAAUGUUGAUGUGUAUGAUACAAAUAAAAGAAUAAUUGCUAAAGUGGUUACUGAAUUGGUGAGAAAGUUACUGAUUUUUUUUGAAACUUGUAAAACUCUUCAAAUUAAAAAAAAAUUUGUAUUUUUUUAAUUUUAAUGUCAAAAGGUAAUCUCCAAAAACGUAGACAGGAAAUUUUACAACUUAAUGGGAAGGACUUCUUGGUUAAGAUGGAUUUUGUAUCUUGUAUCUUUCCUCAGUUGCUCAGCAUUAAGAAAUAAGAAGGUAUAUUGUAACAACACCUUUUUAAAAAAUGGAAAUCCCACAGCCAGAGGUGGAAAUAAUAGAAAUAAUAUUAAAGCAUCGUAGGACUUCAGUAUGAAGACAUUACAUACUAAUUAAAAAGUGUGGCCCCAAA